AUGCAGUUCGCCACUCUUCUCGCUUCCGCCUCCGUUGCUGCCGCUGCUGCCAUUAGCAAGCGUGACGUUACCUUCAAGGUCUCCAACUUCGGCGCCGAUUGCAUCCCCCACAGCACCCAGUGCUCUUACGGAUUCACCGUCAUCCAGCCCGGCACCAUGGAGACCACCGGUGUCAACUGCACCGCCCUCGUCGCCGGCAACACUGACGGCACUCUCCCCGAUGUCAAGGAGGGCACCUGCACUCUCUCCUCCCGCACCUUCGACGUCGUCCGCAGCGCCGAGGGUCUCACCCUUACCGUUACCCAGCCGGUUACCCCUAGCAGCAACCAGUCUGGCUCCCACCUUCUCCCCAACUCCGAUUUCGAGAUCUCCAACCAGCCCAACGCUGUUGUCCAGCACUACACCGGUGCCCGCUCUUUCGACCUCGAGUAA